AUGAAAAUUAAUAACUUAACUCUCUUCAAGUGUUUCCCUCUUUUUUUCUUUAAUUUCUUCAUUCUUUUAAAAUGCUAAAUUACUUUUUCAGAUUAAGUUCCUUUUGUCUAUUAUCAAUAAAAUAUUUAGCUAUAUAAGCUUAAUGAUCAUACCUUAUAAGGAUAAAGCACUAUUGAUUAUUCAAGCAAAUCAUUUAAAAAUAUUCCAACUGUAAUUGUAGGAAUUGACUUUUACAAUAACUUCUGGAAUGUACCUGACGGAGUAAAUUUUAAUAUUUCUUCAAGCUAAGUAACAUAAAAUGGCUGUAUAAUAUAAGCAUCUAGGCUUGAGAAUAGUAACUUAGUGGGUAUUUCAGCAAGUGCAUUAGUUAUAGAUAUAUCAUAAUAUCCUUUUUUUUAUGUAACAAAUAUUGAAAAAAAUAAUAUUCAAUUUACAAAUUUUGAGUAUUCAGAAUAUUUUAGUUUCUCAUCGCAACUUCAAAAUUAAGGUUAGAAAAAUGUCUCUGUUGUAUUGACUGGGUGGAAAUCAAGUUAUGAUUAUUCAAAUAAAUUUUUUGCUCUUACUGUUGAGGCAACUAAUAUAACUGACUCGGGGUAUACAAUUAAAAUAUCUACAGCUAAUUAAGCUCAGACUAUAAUUAAUGUAUAUUUUACUGUUUUAGAAUAUAUUUAAAAUCCUCUUAGUAUUUAUGGAAUAGUCUCAUAAUAUGAUACUCUCUACAAAUAAUAAACAAUUAUUAAAUGCUUUUACACAACAAGUUGUCAGAACUAAUAAAGAUAUUUUCCUGUCAAAUUCGAUGUUUUUAUGCAAGUUUAAAAAACCAGUUAUACAGAUUUUUUUGUUUCUAUUAACUAAUUUUAUUUCAAUACAGAAAAUUCUUCUUAAGAUUUAAGGAUAAGUAUAGAAAACUAAUCAUUUUCUUCAAACACUAUUUAGUAUUCUUACUAUAUUUGGGAUGGUGCUAAAUGCUAAGGGACUACAUCAACAGCCUUAUAAUUUUACAAGAAAACUUGUCCUUAAGGUUAAUAUCUAAGUACAAAUGGUAAUGAUUGUUUAACUACUUGUUUAAUAUACCUAUAGAAUAACUAAAUAUGCUUAGAUUGUUCUUCUGGAUAGUAUUUUCUUUAGGAUUAAAAUAUUUGCUCUACCACACAGCCAACUGGAUACUUCUGUAGUACACAAGAUCCAAAAUAUACCUUUUAAGUUUGCUAAAUAUGCAAUAUCCCUAAUUGCAAAGAAUGCAACAGUGCUUUUUAAUGUACUUUAUGCACAGAUUCAUACUACUUAUUUAAUGGCAAGUGUUUUUAAGAUUAGCCUCCUAAUACCUAUUGUGAUCCUUAAAAAUUAAUAUGUAGUAAAUGUUUAGAUAAUAAUUGCUUAACUUGCAGUGAUCCUAGCUAAACAUCUUCUUAAUGUUUAAAGUGUGAUGAUAAAAAGACCCAAAUUUUAUACCAAAAUAAAUGUUAUACUCAAGAUUCUCCUCCUAGUAAUACUUUUUGUGAUUGGAAGAUUUUAAAAUGUAUUUAAUGUACUGAUGUUAGCUGCCUAUCUUGUAGCGAUCCUACUUAACCCUCUUCAAAAUGUUUAUCUUGUGAUUAAAGCUAGAAAUUAAUUCUCUACGAAGAUAAAUGUUUCAGCUAAAGCUAACCUCCUCCAAACACUUUUUGUGAUUGGAAUAAAUUAACAUGCUCUAAAUGUAGCGAUACUAGUUGUCUUUCUUGUAGUGAUCCUAUAACAUCCCCUUAAGUUUGUUUAUCAUGUGAUGAAAGCUUGAAAUAAAUCCUUUAUUAAUGCAAAUGCUACAGUUAAAGUAACCCUCCACCUAACACUUUUUGUGAUUGGAUUUAAUUAAAGUGCUCUUAAUGUGGUGACAAAAACUGCCUUACUUGCAAAGAAACUAUUUAAGAGUGUUUAUAAUGCAUUGAUAGUUAAAGUUAGAUUUUAUACCAAGGUAAAUGUUAUACUCAAAGUUCACCACCUAAAAAUACUUUUUGUGAUUGGAAAUAAAUGAAAUGCACUUAAUGUGCAGAUUCUAACUGUCUUACUUGUAGUGAUCCUAAUUUGCCUGAGUAAUAAUGCUUAUAAUGUGCUGAUAGCCAAAACUAGAUUUUAUACGAAGGUUAGUGUUAUAUUCAAAGUUCUCCACCUAAAAAUACUUUCUGCGAUUGGAAAUAAAUGAAAUGCACUUAAUGUGCAGAUUCUAACUGUCUUACUUGUAGUGAUCCUAGUAUCUUUCCCUAAGUAUGUAUAUCAUGUGAUUAAUCUAAAUAGAAGUUAGCUUUUUUCUAAGGGAAAUGUUUUACAUAAAAUUCUCGACCUGAUAAUACUUUUUGUGAUUGGGAUAAUUUAAAAUGCUUCUAAUGCCUAGAUAAUAACUGUCUUUCUUGUAGUAAUCCUUCUGAACCUCCAUAAAUAUGUAAAUCUUGUGAUAUAACUAAACAAUAAAUCCUUUAUGAAGGUAAAUGUUUCAGUUAAAGCAACCCUCCUUCUAACACUUUUUGCGAUUGGAGCAAUUAAUAAUGUUUUAAAUGUAAGGAUAAUGACUGUCUUGCUUGUACUGAUCCUAGUUAAUCUCCUUAGUAAUGCUUAUCAUGUAUUGACAGUAAAAAUUCUAUUUUAUAUUAGGGUAAAUGCUACACAUAAAACAACCCUCCUACAAAUACCUUUUGUAAUUGGAGUAAACUAAAAUGUAGUUAAUGCAAUAAUUCUAGUUGUCAAACAUGUAGCGAUCCUAAUUAUCCUCCAUAAAUAUGUUUAUCAUGUGAUCUUAGCAAAAACAAGAUCACUUUUUAAGGAAAAUGCUACUGUGGAAUUGGGUUAUAUCUAGAUUAAAAUAACAAUUGCAGCUAAAAAUGUGCUUAAGGUUGUUUACUUUGUUUAAACAGCUACUCUUGUGACAAGUAUUCUGAUAAUGAAGUUUACUCAGGUAAUAAAUGUGACUAUUCUUGUUCAUAAUGUACUAUCCCAAACAAGAAUUAUGGAUGUACAGAAUGUAGUUCUAAAACUCGCUAACUAGAAAAAAUAACGGGGUCAUGCUUUUGUAAAGAUGGAUAUACUAAUGUAGGGAUUCCUGAUUGCUAAGAUGAUAAUGCUCUAAAACCUUAAUAAUAAAUUUAAACUGCAAGUGACGGUGUUUUAUAAGCUGUGUUUAUUUUAUACUUGCCAUAAUUAUUUAUAAACAUUCACCCAUUUACAGAUUACUUCAUCUUCUAAAUGUAGUCAUUAGGAAAUCUCUACUUCGUAAACUAAAACUAAACUGAGAUUUUUCAUCAGAAGCAAAUCUAGAAAAUGUAGAAUUUAUGA